UGCACACUCCACACACACUCUCACACACACCGAGGACAGGCGCAGUGAAGAACUGAGGGGACUUGCUGUUGGUUGCUUUCCUCUGGACAAUGGCUCUUUUAUCCACCAGCCUCCCUGCUAAUUUGACCUCGCUGGCUAAAGAUGGAGACAAAACAAAUUCUAAUAAUUGCUCACUUGACAACUGGAUCUUCACUUAUGUCCCAGCGUACAUCAUGUCCAUCUCUGUUCUGGGAAUUGUUUUGAACAUCUUUGUGCUGAUGGUCUUCAUCCUCCAUAAGAAGCCCUGCACCGUGGCUGAGAUCUACCUGAGCAACCUGGCUGCUGCCGACCUGUUCCUGGUCUCCUUCCUGCCCUUCUGGGCCGUCAACGCUUGGAAUAAGUUUGACUGGAUUUUUGGUCUUGGAUUGUGCAAAAUGGUCAACGUGAGCAUCCUGAUGAACGUCUACUGCAGCAUCUACUUCCUGGUUCUGAUUAGCAUCGAUCGUUAUUUGGCUCUGGUCCAUCCACUGUCCCAAGAAAAAAUGCGUCGCCCAAGAUUUGCUAAAAUUAGUUGUGUUGUGGUUUGGAUUCUGGGAUUAAUUCUCAGUGUUCCAAAAUUUAUCAACAGGAAACUGGUACUUCACAGAAAUAUUACUUCCUGUAGUGAAGCUGAUCCAACUAUAUUAAAGACGACGGAGUCGAUGAUUUUGGUUUUAGGGUUUUUUAUUCCCAUUUCCAUCAUUUUCUUUUGCACUGUCAAUAUCCUCAAAUCUCUGAGAAACAGAUCUAUGGAAGGAGUAAAUGCAAAGAAAAAUAAUCACAAGGCCAACACUUUGGUGCUGGCCGUCCUGCUGGCGUUCCUGAUCUGUUGGGUCCCGUUCCAUCUGCGGGAAGUCCCAACCUGGCUCAACAAGGCCGGUAUACUGACAGACUGCAGCUCUAUGAAAGUCCAGUCCUUCUGUGGGCAGAUCUUCACCUACUUGGCGUUCUUCAACAGCGUUCUCAACCCCAUCCUCUACGUCAUUGUCGGAAGAAACUUCAGGAAAAAAGUUAAGGAACUUUUUCUGCUGUGGAACCACAAAUGGACUCCAACCAUGACUCUUAGAAGUUCAAGAACAAAACUAUCAGUAUUUCAUCCCUCUUAGUUCUGACUCACUUCCUCUAUGAGACGUUUUUAAUUCAGAUAAAAGCGAGCAGCUUCCUGCAGCCAUGAACUUACAGGAUGCACAGGUUGCUCUGCAGAAUUGGUUCUUUCUCUUGAUUCCCUGCCAUGGCUCUCUCUCUCGCUCUGUGAACAACUUCCUCCUACUGACAGAGCUUUGGUGGAAUAACCUUUAAAUGGUUGACAUUAACUGCUACAGAAAAACUGUUCUUGCAGUUGGUAUUUACUGUUACGUUUUAAAUGUGUGUCUUUGCUGAAGGCUGAAUGAAGAAUGUAAAAUGAUUCUGUUUCCAUCCAUUGGUUUAUCCUCCUGUAAACAGUUUUCUCUGCUGAAAAACACCAACAGGAUGAUGUAAUGAGGCUCCGCCUCUUUUAAAAUGUCAAUAUUUCUGUUUUUCUGUCUAAAGUGAAUUUUUUAUACUUCAUGUAUGUGUUUGAUAUAUAACAAGUUGUAAGUCAAUAAACUGUCUCUUAUUACA